AUGAUUUUUCUUUUUUCCAAAUUUUUAUCAGCAGAAAAUGAGAAAAUUCCAUUACAUGCUAAUCCAAACUUACCAAAAUUAUGGCAUAAAAGAGAAUUUGAUGAAUGCGAUGGAAUAAACACAAUAAUUGUAAAUAAAACUUGCCAAUGUAUGCCAGGCUUUCCAUUUGGUGAUCCAAAUAGUACACAAGGCUGUUAUAAGUGCAAUGAUCAAUGCAAUAAGUUCGCUAUUUGUGCUUUUCCAGGAAGAUGUGUUUGCAAAAAUGGUUACAUAGGAGAUGGCGUUAAAGAAUGCAUUGUCCCAGUUCCACGUUUAGAUUCUUCUAAUACAUCAUAUAUAUUUACUCGUGGAGGCCAAAAUACAACAAUUUUAACAAUUCCUUAUAAGAAUUUUCACCCUGACAAAGCAUAUUGCAAAUUCGAUGAUCAAAUUGUUAAAGCACAUACAGUAACUAAUACAACAAUUAUAUGCUCUUCGCCGCCAAUUCAUGAAGGAAUAAUCAAAGUUUUUGCUUCUUACGAUAACGUUACAUGGACAGAUGAAAACGCAUUUGCCGAGUGUAGCUAUGAUGGUAUCAAGGUAUCUUUUAGCUUUAUCUCCAUUCUAAUCGUGAUUGGAAUUAUUAUCGUUUUAAUUUACAUUUAUGAGAAGCAUAUUAAACCAAAGAAGAUCAAAACACCGUUACCAAGUAUAUUAGAGACAAACGGAAUGGAUGUUGUUCCUUUUUCAGAAAAAUAA